UUGAAAUUUGUUGUUGUUCGUCUCGCUUUGAAACCCCGACUACCUCUGCAUAUUCUUCAAUUUUUCAAGCUCAACACAUGGAAUAUCCAUGGCGUCCUAGGGCAUCGUCAACUAGUAACUUCUGUCCAGUCUGCUCAAACCCUCACUUCCCAUUCUGCCCUCCCCCUCCUCCUCAUCCACAAUACUUCAGACCUCCACCACCACCUCCCGAUCAACUCUUCCACACUUCCCAACCACCGCCACCGCCGCCGCCGCCGUAUUAUGACCCGUUCCUCGACCACCAAGGCGUUUCCACUAUUAAUCCUUAUCCACCGCCGCAGCCGGGUCAGAUUCCGCCUCGGCCGUGGAACGGCAACCCUAAUUUCAGCAACCAUGGAAAUCCGGUUCCCGUGUUCGAUUACGAUAACAAUUGUCAGGUUGGUGACAAGAGAAUGCGGUUCAAUAAUGCGAACGAGGGUUACGCGAGUUCGGGGAUGGCGGAAGAGGAGAGGAGAUUGAAAUUGAUACGCGAUCAUGGAGCCAUGAAUCUAGGUUUCGGUAGGAGCUCCAAUGGAGGAUAUUUGCCGUCGAAUCAUUCACAUGAAAUUAAUUCACACAGGGAGCAGAGUUACGGAGAGCGGCAAUUUGUGCACCAGCAUGCUGUAAAUAACACGAAUUCGGAGUUGGGGAGAUCACUUCACAAUCAAAUUGAGAAUAAUCAUGGCUAUGGGAACUUUAAACGGCAUGGUAAUCACGAAAUUCUGGGUUAUAAUGCAACACAGAAACACACAGUGGAGCCAAAAUCGGCCUAUUACGGUUUACCCAAUCAGGAUCCUCAAAGGUUUAAUGUUCAGCCACCACUCCCCACUUCCCCACCACCGCCACUUCCCGUGGAGCCACCAAGAUUUCGUUUCGCAGAGUCUUUUGUUCCCUCCUUAUUUCCGGUUGCUGUUGAUUCUUCAUCCUCUUUUCAGUCACCAAAUAAAAUGGUUUCUGAAGCAAUAUCAUCUGUUCCUACUCACUUCACAAGUAAAGCAAAUGGAUAUUCAAGUGGUUAUUAUCGAGAGGAAACUCAAGCCGUAAAGAUGGCUUCAUCCAAAACAUUUAAUGGAGUAAGUGAAGAGUUGCCUCCUAGGCAUCUCUCAUUCGAUAAGCCAAAAGUUAUUGAUGCCUCUCACAUCUUAAAGCAUCCACAUCGUGCUAACCGCCCAGAUCAUAUUGUCGUAGUUCUGAGAGGACUUCCAGGGAGUGGUAAGAGCUACUUGGCAAAAAUUUUGCGCGACAUUGAGAUUGAAAAUGGUGGCACUGCUCCACGUAUUCAUUCUAUGGAUGAAUAUUUCAUGACUGAGGUUGAGGAGAGUGAGAGUUUAAGAUCUUCUGGUUCAGUUAGAGGGAAAAAACCUCUUAUGAAGAAGGUCAUGGAGUACUGUUACGAACCUGAGAUGGAAGAGGCUUACCGGUCAAGCAUGUUAAAGGCAUUUAAAAAGACCCUUGAUGAAGGGGCCUUCCCCUUUGUAAUUGUGGAUGACCGCAAUCUGCGGGUAGAGGAUUUUGCUCAGUUUUGGGCAAUUGCAAAGAGGUCGGGGUAUGAAGUUUAUUUACUAGAAGCCACAUACAAGGACCCAGCGGGCUGCGCUGCAAGGAAUGUUCAUGGUUUCACUCAGAAUGACAUACACAAGAUGGCUAAUCGAUGGGAGGAAGCCCCGUCCCUUUAUAUGAAGCUAGAUGCCAAGUCAUUACUCCAUGGAGAUCAGUUGGAGGAAAAUGGGAUUCAAGAGGUCGACAUGGAUACAGAAGAUACCAAUUGUAUUAGUGAUCCCUCUCGUUCUGAAGAUACAACUAUCGAAAAGUUUUCAAGACCUUUUGAAGGUUAUACUGCCAGUGACAGUGGUCCGUCGACAAAUGAAGAGAAAGGGGAUGCUGAAGAAGAGCAUCCAGUGGAGAUGGUGAAGGAACUGGGGAAGAGCAAGUGGUCAAAUGAUUUGGACGAGGAUGAUGUCCACAAGUCUAAAGAAACGAAGGGAAAAUCAAUUGCCUUCUCUAGUUUAAUUAAAUCAUACGGCAAGAAAGGUAAAUCUGUGCGUUGGGCUGAUCAGAUUGGGAGAGUUGGUUUUUCAAUCGGGCCUGCGAAAACAGCAAAUGUAUCUCUAGUCAUUGGUCCUGGUUUUGGAUACAACUUGAAAUCGAACCCCCUACCUGAAGAAGAGAAACUCAACCGAAGAAGUGGAGAACUCAGACGGCGAAAUAUAUUCCAAGAUCAAUUACGCGCUGAGCAUGAGUCGUUCCGUGCUGUUUUCGACAAGAGAAAACAUCGAAUUGGCGGGCUUGGUUUGGAUGAGGAUUAACAUUCUUUUUGUUCCGUCUUUUUUUCUUUCUUUCUUUUUUGUGCCCAUUUUUUAUCUAAUUAUUUUGGCUCUUGCAAUUGUUUUGCUUUGUUGUUGUAAAUUGUAAUACAAUGUUGUUAUAAUAACAAAUGAGAAUGUGGCUGUAGUCGAAAAGUGACCGUUGUUCGAAUUUUGUAACACCCACAUUCCGUCUCUUGAAUAAACUCACAUAUGUUAUAGGACGACAGAAUUCCGAUUUUUCUUUCGGUGUUUAUUUUAUCGAGUGUAACAUAGAUUUUGACAUUUUUCUCUCUUAAUAUUCUGACAUCUGAGAAAUUAUGUAUAUGUAUGUAAUGAAAUCGUGUGUACACCAUUUUUUUGAAGCAA